AUGUGUAGUUACAUACUAGUCAGGUCCAAUCAUGCUUGCCAGUCAUGUGAUUUCGUGAGUGAACUGAGAAGAUCAGAGCUAAUGCAUUUAUGGUGUAGUUGUUUUGCAAGUCAUCAAUGUUUCCUACAAAAUAAUAUUCAUUAUUAUAUGCCAAGGAAAACGACAUGUAAAGCCAUCUUGGAUAAGAUUUUGGACUUACUGUUGAACCCACAAAAUUUGAAUAUUGUAAAGUGUUUUAACUACACUCAAAAUGAAGAUGAACAUGUAAUAAAUUAUGAUGUAGCUGGAAUAUCACUUUAUGAUGUGAUCAGGUAUAGUCCUGGUCGUCUCCAAAACUGCAAUACACUACUAUUUAUUGUUUUUCAGGUUAUUCAUACUGUCAAACAGCUGCACGAGAUGGGUUUACCACAUUGUGGCAUAACGCUUCAUAACGUAUUUAUUGAUGAAAAUUUCAACACGUUUCUUGGUUUUCCGAACACAGUCGAUUUCUUCUCAAAGGCUGAAAUAAAUGGCUGUCGUAAGGAUGAAAGAAUUCCAGACAUUGGGCUUCCGGCGUGCAAUGAUAGUAAACUGUCUAAGACGACUACCGAUUGGGUACUACACAAAGUUUCAAACUAUGAUUAUCUCAUGUACCUCAAUAAACUUGCCGGAAGACAUAAGGGAGAAGAUCAGUUGGAUGCUAAUUUUAAGGCAUCUUUAUAUAAUCACGUUAUAUCUAAACGUCCUAGUUGGCCGUUAGGUAAUUGUAUAUCAGAAGAUUUUGAUAGUGUGAAUCACCAACAAGAUUUUGUAAGUUUUUAUGAUGAGCCAGCUACAUGUGGUUUGAAUAACUCAAAUGACAAUUUACUGUUCAGCAAUACGGAUGAAAAUAUCAACAGUGGUGAAUCUUUUUCAUUUAAAGGAAAUAGAAAUUUAGACAUCAGACAACAUAACACAAAUCUCAUCUUUUCUCCACAUCACUUACUUGAUAUAAUGCCUGAUCUAGCCUAUUAUACGUAUAUGGCUAGAAAAACACCGUUAUCAGUGCUGACACAGUUUGUACGCCCGGUUUAUCAACCUCAGGAAUUUCCGACAAGUAUUGCUCGAUUAUACGAAUCCACACCAGAUGAAUGCAUUCCUGAAUUUUUUACAGAUCCAUCAGUUUUCUCUUCUAUUCAUUCUGACAUGCCUGAUCUUGGCCUGCCGUCUUGGUGUUCUACCCCGGAGGAAUUUAUUACAUAUCAUGCUAAACUCCUUGAAAGUGAUGAAGUAUCUAAAAGUUUGCACCAUUGGAUUGAUUUAAAUUUUGGGUACAAAUUACUUGGCCCAGCUGCAUUAGAUGCCAAAAAUGUUCAUCUGGAACUAUCAGGUGACCAAACCACAUCACGUUGCUCUGGUGUAGUAUGUUUAUUCCAUACACCACAUCCUCAAAGAAUCUGUAAUAAAACCUUGUCAACUUAUUUCGGUGCAUCACUUCCGGACAUAUUACCAAAGAAUUCAAAAGUUGUAACACCAAGAAAUUAUUCAGUCGAUAAAGAUAUGAAGAUACUUCAUCCGGUAAACAAGGUUUUUUCAGAGAAGGAUAGUUGUACGUCAACAACAACAACAAAGCAAAUUAAAUCUGUUUCAAGUUCCAAGAAGACAAAUCAAAACCGUAAAGUGUCCUCAAAUGAUGGAACUUCCUCUUCAGAGAAUAAAAUAUGGUUAUCUGAUGAUUAUAAUCCUUUGGAAUUGAUUAAUUUAUACCAAAAUCUUUGCAGAUUUUUAUCUGUUGAAACUCAUAUUCAAGAUCUGGAAGAAUUAGAAGCUAUCAGAUUAUGUAAAUUGGAUAAGUAUGAUACUGGUUUCAACAAUUUAUUUAAAAUUGAUUUGGAUUCAUUUGGCUGCCUUAUUGUUGAGUUGAGUUUAUACUCUGUAGUCAAUUAUACUGAAGUGAAUUUAUGGAAUCAUGAGGAACGAAUCACUUUUGCUCGUCAACAUGCACGUUUACAUUGGGAUAAAAUACCAAAUUGCCUUCAUGAUGCUGUUAAUAUUAUUCUGCGUCCAUUUGAUCAAAAUCUUGUUGGAGAGAAUUUUCAUAAACGUUUUCUGCCAACAGCAGAUAUUCUACUUCAUUUAAUAUGUGAAUUUCCGCCUUAUCUUUACGACUUACAAUAUAUUCGAGAUUGGCUGCUACAUAUUGCCCAUCCCCAUCGUCCAUUUCAAUCGGAAUCGACUUCAAAUUAUUCACCCAAGACUCACCUGUUCUCAGCAUUCUUCCCAGUUAAUCAACAAUGUACAUUGUAUAAUACAUCAGAUGUAUCCACUGUAAAUAUUCCUAUUGAUAUUACUAGGAUAUUGUAUCCUCAAAUUCAAACAGCCGUUUAUACCAAUCCUAUUUGGUUUUUAAAUAUUUUAAAUUCAUCUAAGAUUUUGGAACACUUUUCAACAGUUGGUGGGAAAGAGUUAGUACAAUCACAUCUUCUACCUCUCAUUGUCUAUCUGUAUAAACCUGAACAACUCAAACGUAUGUCAAAUGAUGUAUCUUCUGGAAUUCCUCUUGCUUUGUUAUACUCACGUCGAUUUUUACGACGUCUAUUAGCCUACUUCAAUGUAAACAUAUUUAUGGUUCAUAUUUUGCCUUAUAUAACUUUGGGUCUUAUUGGAGGAAGUUCAGAGGCUCUAAUUGAUGAAAAUACUAUAUGGUAUCAAAGAAGUCAUACUGGUCUUACAAAUGAUGUCAAUUCAAAUGCAUUAGAUAAUGAACCUCAUGAAUUUGUUCAUAAUGUAGAUUUAAAUGAAGAACAAUCAUUUCCAUGUAGUCAGUCAAAAAAUAUAACUACAUCUUAUGAAUUAUUAUAUGAUAAACAAGACAUUUUAAAUGUUGAUGAGAUUGGAAUUGAUCUUAGAAGUUUUAUAAAUGGUGAAGAAUUCCAGUUGUUUAAAGAUGCUAAAGGCUCAUCUGAAUUAACUUGUCAAAACUUUGAUGAUGAAGAGUGUGAUGAUACAACAAAUCGUAGAUCGCUUACCAACUGUUUGAGUGAUGAAGUAACAACUCGUUCCGAUUCACCAAGUAGUACUUCGCAAACGUCUAAAUCAUCUGAAAUAAUACAUGAUGGUUCAAGAGGAGAUAAACAUACCAAUAAAGAAGGAAAGAAAGUUACAACUCCAGACGUUACAUCUGUUUGCACUAAUGCUACUAGUAAUAGUAGUAAUUGUGCCUAUAUCAGUAGUAUCCCACCAAUUACUGCUGCUAUGGACAGUCUGAAUUGGUUUGCAAAACGUGUUGGCCCUGUAAUGACUGAUAAAUAUAUUGUCAAGUAUUUAUUAACUACACUGACACUAUGCUAUGAAGGUAAAAGCCAACUGUCUGUUAACAGUGCAAAUUCAUCUGAAAAAUGCCUAUUAUUUCCUUCACAAGUUAAUAAUCUCUCACUAGUUGGAGAUCGUUCAGCAUUAAGUGUUCUGAGGUGUUUAGAACAACUGGUACAGAUCUAUGGUGUAUCUUUUGUAUUAGAUGUAUAUUUACCUUUUGUAGUCAAAACUAUUACUUCAAUUACUGCUUCUAUAUCAUCUGGAACCAGUUAUUCCAAUACUUUGAUCAAUACGAACUACUCUACUGAUGUAACAGAAGGUUCAAAUAAAACAAGUGUGGCGAUAUUGUCAGUUAGAUGGAGUUAUCGUACGCUUGCUCGACUUGUUGCAAGUCUUACACUAUUAUAUCAGAUUAUCAUAUACCUUCCUGAUAAUGAACUUGUUGAGCAACUACAAGAAUCUGUUAUCCAAGAUGCUCUCAUUAAAGCUGUUAAAAUGUCUAGUCGGUUCGAUAUAUCUUUUCCAGGCACUGUAAUUGGACGUCGUGCUAUUCUAUAUAAAUUUAUUGAUACAGUAUUUAUUAUUGGUUUACGUGUUGGCUUUGAAUUAACUCGUACUCAACUGACAUCUGUAUUUCAAGUAUUUUUUGCACUUUUUGAUCGAGUAAUCAAUACUACUCUUACGAAAAAUAUUUUAUCAAGUAAUAAUUAUUCAGUCGAUAAUCAGUGUUAUCAAGUGGUAUUUUCUGAUGCAGAGUUGACUGAAGACUUUUCACAGCAUUCAAAUAUAACUGGUAUCUUCGCUGAAUUAGUCGAAACAUUUAAUUGUGAUCUAGCACGUUUGGCAUACAUUUCAUUUUGUCAUUUGGCUGGUGGUACAUAUAUUGAUGACUGUCUGUAUAAUGCAAAAGCUAUACAAAAAUUAAUUAACGAAUCAGUAAUCAGUAAAUCGAACUCAACAUUAGCAAAUGAUAUGAUGACAGAAUCGUCUACGUUUGACAACGAUAAUGAACGUCCAGGUUCUCUGUUAAAUCGUAAGAAACUUGACUUUGAAGCUACUCUGUUCGCCAAUUCAACUUUAUGUGGUGAUAAUAGUUAUCAUUUACGUGGUGUUUGGCGUCAGAUUGUUCGUGAUGUCAUCGACACCAAAUCUCAUUCUUCACCUCCAUAUCAAUAUCAUGGUAUCCAAGUUGCUACUUUCACAGGUCAUGCUAGUAAAAUUAAUCGUAUCACAUGUUUAGAUACUGAAAAUUGUUUUAUGACAGCAAGUCGUGAUAAGACUGUACAACUAUGGUCUAUAGCUUCUACCUAUAAUCCUGGUCAUUAUUCAUUAUCAGUUAAUCAAAAGUGUAAAAUACGAUUACAAUUAGUUGCUCGUUUAGUAUACAGAGCACAUAAAAAGUCUGUACUAGCUGCAUAUUAUCUGGAACCUUAUAGACUGGUAGCUUCUGUUGAUGGUAGUUUACUUUUUUGGGAUCCAUGCACAGGACAAACGGUGAGGUCACAUAGUCAGUAUGAAAAUUCUGGUUGGCAGAAUUUAACUGCAAUGGAAUGUAGUACUGUUCCUUAUGGAGCUGUAAUCUGUUCAGAUCAUUUAGGCUUUAUACAUUUAAUAGAUCCACGAGUAAGAUGUCUUGGACAAACAAGUAGUUUACACUUUAAUAGCGGUGCGUCAUUAGCUUCUUCCCUGUUGAACAAAGAACGUUCAAAAGUUGAAAUUCCUACAAGUGAUUCAAGCAAAUUGUUGACAAAUUCACAAAACUUUGAUUUUAAGUUGACUCCCUAUGGUCGGUCUACAUUGGAUUUAUGUAUUACUAAGAUUAUGAUGAGCUUAAUUGAACAACUUCAACCCAAUGUUAACCAGUUAAAUAAUCCUUCAAAUAAUUUAUUAACAAAUACAAAUUCUUCAACAUCUUUACUGAAUAUGAAUGCGAAUAUGGCUGGUUUAUUAAAUCGUUUAUCUGUUUCUCAAAAUGGUUAUUAUCUAUUGUGUGGUUUUACAACUGGAAUAAUUACUGCUUUAGAUCUACGUAUGGGUCAGGUUAUUCAUAUAUGGAGAGGUUACCAGGAUGCAGUAGUUGAUAUAGUUUCUCACAAUUCUAAUGGAUUUAUAUCGUGUAAUGAUAGAAGUUUAUCAUUCACUUAUCCAGUCACUACAUCAAAUUUCAGUGAAAAUUCAUUAUUGAAUUCAUAUUGUAAAUUGAAUACAUUAACUUAUAUAAUGCAGAAUUCUUCAAUUAUUUUUAAAUCUGAAAUAGUUAAUAUACCAAAAAUACAAAAUAUCACUUGUUUAACUAUGUAUAAAGAAAAUCCAAUUUUUUGUGCUAAUCCAUUGCCUUCAUCACAUUCUUUACCGAAUACAUCUCGUUUCCCAUAUUUUGGAGUUGUAAACAAUUUAACUGGGAGUAUAAAUGAAUUAUCAUCAAAUGGGAAUAUAUCAUCUAGUGUAUCGAAAUCAUUGUUAAGAAAUGAAUCAAUUGUGAAUUCAUCAAUCUCUUCUUCAUCAGUAUUAUCAUCAAUAUCACAAUCAUAUAAUAAUAACAGUAAUAAUAAUAAUAGUGGGACAGUAUUAGGAACUUAUUUACAACCAUCUCUUAGUAAUAAUUUAACUUCUACAUAUUAUACUUUAGGCAGAAUUCCUUCAAAUCUUCUUCGUGGUACAGUCACCUCUAUAAUUUCACUUUCAGAGAGUAAUCUCUUAUUAGUUGGCAGUGAUACAGGUGCAUUAAGUCUUUUAUAUUAA